GCGAUGAAGCCCUCGGGCACGAAGGCGAUGGGCUUCCGCGCCGCGCCCGACCGCACCCAGCUCGCCGAGGACCUCAAACGCGAGGACAUGCUCCUGCUCAACGCGUGGAAGCUCCCCCUCGCGCCGAGCGCCCCGUCGCGCAUGUCCACGAAGGACGAGGCCGCGAUGAACGAGCAGCUCGCCGUCCUGCUCGACCGCGGCGUGCCGCUCGUCGAGGCGCUGGACGUCGCGGCGAGCGUCGUCUCGCCCCGCUCGCGCGAGCGCGUGGAGCGGCUCCGCUCGCUCGUCGCCUCCGGCGCGUCGUUCGCCGACGCGUGCACGCAGGUCGGCGGGUUCGAGCACGUCACCGUCGCCGUCUACCGCGCCGCGGAGCGCACGGGCGACCUGGGCAGCGCGGGACGCCGCCUCGCCGACGCCUCCAAGCGCCAGCUCGCGAUCAAGGGCAAGACCAUCACCGUCAUGAUCUACCCCGCGGUCGUCUCCACGAUCAGCUUCCUCAUCGUGCUCGGCAUCCUGAUGUUCCUCGUGCCGAUGUUCAGCUCGCAGUUCGAGCAGCUCGGCGUGGACAACAUGAACGCGCUCUCCCGCGUCGUGUUCGCGCUGGGGACGUGGCUCGCCGCGAACAAGGCGCUGGCGUUCCUCAUCAUCGGCGUGGUGAUCGCCCUGAUCUUCUUCGCGCGCCAGCGCUUCUUCGCGAUCGGCGCGUCCGUCGGGCGCCGGAUCCCCGCGGUCGACGGGCUCAUGCUCACCGUCGAGUCCGCUCGCUUCUUCUCCGUGAUGGGCGCGAUGACGAAGUCGGGCGUCCCCCUCGCCGAGGCGCUGGGCUCGUCGACGAACGUCAUCUCCAACCCCACGCUCAAGGCGCAGCUCGAGCGGCUCCGCCAGCGCCUCGUCGAGGGCGGCGUCCUGCGGACGCUCAUCGAGGACGUCACCGCCCUGCCCCUCGCGACGCGACGCCUGCUCAUCGCGGGCGAACGCGGCGGCGACCUGGACUCCGUCUUCGACGCGCUGAGCAAGGACCUCGCCGACGAGGUCGACACCCGCACCGGGCGCCUCCUCGCGCUGCUCGAGCCCGCCAUCAUCGUCAUGAUGUUCUCGAUGAUCGGACCCUUGAUCAUGGCGAUCGCGAUCCCCCUCAUGACCUUCCGUGGAGGCGAGGGGGACGGCGACCCGAUGAGAACCAGAUCGACCCGGGCGGGCGAUCUAUACUUGCGCCCGCACCGACGCCACCGGAACCCAGCACACCCGAUCCCGACGCCCGAAAGGACCACCGAGAUGCCGACCCGCAACACCACCGCCAAGGCCGUCGCCCGAGGCUUCACGCUGCUCGAAGUGAUGAUCGUCCUCGUCAUCAUCGGCGUGCUCGGCGGGAUCGUGACCUACAACCUCGUCGGCGCCGCCGAGAAGGCCAAGAUCGACGCCACCAAGACCUCACUCAAAACCGUCGCCAACGCGAUGAGCAUGUACUACAGCACGUACAACGCCUACCCGCUCGACAUCGACACCCUCGCGGCCAACAACCCGGUCAACAGCAUCCGCGACUCGUGGGAGCGCCGCAUGGAGGUCUUCGUGCCCUCGCCCGACGGCUUCUCCUUCGAGGUGCGCAGCGCGGGCAGCGACGGCCAGUUCGGCACGAACGACGACCUCGUCGAGUACCCCGAGCACGAGAAAGUCGUCGUCGCGCUCGCGAUGCUCGCGACGUUCGCGACCCUCGUCGUGGGAUCACUCGGCUACCUCGCCACGCUCGGCGAGCAGGAGAAGCACCGCCUCCAGGCCAUCGAGCUCGGCCACCGCGUCAUCAUCCAGUACCUCGACGACUCGAACCUCACGCCCGACCCCAAGCAGGCCGUCUGGCAGGGCGACACGCAGUACCGCGUCGAGACCGAAGAAGCCAUCCUCGUCCAGGAGACCUCGGACAUCGAGGGCCUCAGCCAGGGCACCGCCUUCGGCGUCGGCGACGUCGAGAUCACCCAGCGUGUGCAGUCGAUGCACAAGCUCACCGUCCGCGUCUACCUCUUCGAGCCCACCGCGCUCUUCCCACCCGACAAGCCCGUCAUCGAGCUCGCGCGCCACUACUACCCCUUCCUCCAGGACGAGGAGUGGGCGCAGGAGUGGCUCCUGAGGCUCAUCGCCGAGCGCACCGGCACGCCGCCCGUCAUGCUCGCGCUCUUGCUCGCGAGCUUCGUCGUCGCCGCCGCGCUGGGCGUGCUGAGCCUCGUCACCAGCGCCCAGAGCGAGCAGACCGGCGGCAUCCAACAGUCCGUCCGCGUCGCCCAGACCCAGCAGUUCUUCCGCGACAUGUUCGUCCGCCUCGUCGCGGGCGUGCCCCUCGUGCCGGAAGAGGACGACCCCGCCGCACUGCUCGAGGCCGCGUCCGGAGAGGCCGAGGGCGACGAAGCCGACGCCGAGGACGAGCCCGGCGACAGCUUCGACGACCUGCUCAACAACCUCCUCGACGGCGGCCUCGCGAGCCAGCUCCUCGAGGACGGCGAGCUGAACUUCAACGUCAUGUUCGAGAUCUACUUCGACGCCGAGGUCCAGGGCUGGCCCGUGCCCGUGCUCGAGUGCGUCGUCACCGACCCGCCCAUCCCCCCGAGCGACCCCUUCUUCGAAGCGCAGCGAGGCGUGCUCGACCGGCUCGGCUUCGUGCGCAGCGUGAUGCGCCUCGAGCCGCAGAUCGACGGCCUCUACUCCCUCGUGUUCAUCCCCACCGACCCCGUCGGCGAGCCGUACGUCGUCCUCGAGGACCUCGAGUGGAUGCGCUUCUACGUCCUCCCCCACCGCGACGCGCCGGAGUGGACCGAGGUCCACGCGGCCUACCUCGAAGAGGACUUCCCGCCCGCGGUGCGCGUCGUGCUCUUCAUGGCGGACGGGCGCGUCAUGAGCCGCGGUCACCAACGACCCGAUCGAACCGCCCGCCGCGGGUUCGUCUUCAUGUUCGUCCUCAUGGUGGUCGUGGUCGGCACGAUCGCGAUCGGCGCGACGAUCAACGCGGCGCAGUUCAAGGCGUCCGUCGCCGAGCAGCGCAUCCAGCAGUACAAGACGCAGCACGAGGCGCUGAGCGUGCGGGACAUCAUCGUGCUGUGGAUCAUGAACCAGAACCGGAGCGCCGGGAGCGGCAACCGGCGCACGGACACCGAGAGCCCGCUGCUCGCGCUGGCGAUGAACGAGGGCGCCACGCAGCGGUUCACGCUCCAGUCCGGCGUGGUGGUCAGCCUGCGGGCGAUCGACGCCCAGGGCACGAUGCUGGCACGCCUCGACGAGACGCUCGCGCCGGCGGAUUACGAGUGGCUCUUCCGGAUGCUGUCGCGCCUCCCGCAGGACCGCGUGGACCUCAUUCGCCGCCACGGGCCGAUGCAGGUCUCGCUGCGCAGCGCGAGCGACGAGGUCCUCAUCACCAUCGCGGACAACGACCCGGACCUCGCCGGGGCGCUCAUCGACGCGCGCGACACCGGCGUCGACGACCCCGCCGGUUUCGCGCAGGCGCUCGGCGCCUCGGGCAUCGAACCGGUGCGGACGCAGGAGGUCCUGCGGCGCGUCGCGCUCACGCCCGUGCUCUGGGAAAUGCAAAUCGAAGUGAUCGACCCCAACGCGUCGCGGACGCGCCGGUAUACCAUGAUCGUCGAGCAGACCUCGACGUUCUCGGGCGCUGAGCAGCACGAGACGCGCGCAUCGGCUACAACGGUGACACCUCCGGCGACCGCCGGCGGGGUGAUCCCCGUCGUCCUCCUCGCCACGCUCGCGCUCGCCGUCGGCGUCUGGGUCCUGCCCAUGCCCUUCGACAACGCCCGCAAGCGCGAGAUCACGCCCCGCACGCCCAACAUCGGCCCCAACGCCGGCGGCGCCCUCGCCGUCGACGCCAAGGUCCCCACCCACGACUGGCUCGCCAUCGAGGAGGGGCUCCGCGAGCUGCGCAUCCCCGCCCCCGAGCGCGAAGAGCCCGAGACCAGCGAGCAGAACAUCGGCGGGUACAACGAGGAGCAGCCCCAGCAGACCGCCGAGCACCUCCCGCCGCUCAUGUGGCGGUACGUCGGCUACAUCGCCCAGCCCAACGGGCGCAUCGCCGCCGUCCUCGAGACCGAGUUCGGCACGAAGAUCGUCUACGUCAACGGCCAGCUCCAGGACACCGUCGACCCCCGCCAGCGGAUGAUCACCAUCGCCGAGGUCACGCGCGAGAAGAUCGUGAUCCUCCGCGCCGGCGACGAGGUCGAGAUCGAGAUCGAGGCGCGACGCGGGGCCGAGGGAUUCGAAGACUACGGCGCGACCACCCACGAGCCCAUGGCCGCUUCCGCCUGCCACAUCACGACCGACCUCACCCGCGUCAGCCUCUACGACGAGACCAGCGCGCAGCAAUGGUCGCCGCCCGACUCCGCCGAGAGCGAGCCCAGCGCCGCCGCCUACCGCCAGCGCGCCCAGGCCGCCGCCCAGUGGCUCAGCCAGCAGGGCCCCUCCGCCAAACGCCUCAGCGUCGCCUGCAUCGACACCAGCGAGGCCCUCUGCACGUGGAUCCAGUCCCGCAGCGCCUCCUACCAGGUCGUCGCCAGCGCCUACCGCGACCAGACCAUGGACUGGGGCGUCGACGCCUCGAACGUCGCCGUCGAGCCCAUCCUCUCCAAGACCGACGAGGACCGACAACGCGCCCCCGGAGCCAAACCCUUCUCGCGCAAGAAGAGCGACAAACCGGCCGAAGAGCCCACCGGCUCCCGCGUCAGCACCGCCGUCAUCACCUUCCACGACGCCCUCGCCCGCCUCUGGCUCGACGCGCUCGACCAACGCGGCGUCCGGCCCUCCGCCGUCAUCUCCCUCUGGCACGCCCUCGCCAUGGCGUGGGCCGAGCAGGCCGACGGCGUCUCCGCCGUGAUCUACAUCACCGACGACCACAAGCUCAUCUGGAGCUGGACACGCAACGGCGACCUGCUCACCGGCGGCACCGUCGCCUCCCCCCGCCACCCCGCGGUCAUCGAGCCCGACGACGAAUCCGACGAGGAGCCCACCGCGGACCCCGACGCCGCGUGCGAGCACCGCCUCUCCCUCGACUGGCUCAGCUGGGGCGCCCACCUCGGGACGUUCCCCGAAUCGGUCCGCAUCGUCUCCGCGCGGGAGACCACCCUCGGCGACGCGCUCCGCGCCCGAUUCGACGAUCUCCGCGUCCACACCGAGCGCACCGCCGACCCCAUGCGCGAGACGCUCUCCCGCGCCACCGCCGCGAUCGCCGCCGUCCGCGGCGAGCUCACCUCGCGCCACUGCCUGCUCCGCCUCACCCGACGCCCGACACGCUCCGUCCGCCGACGCUACCGCCUCAGUGCCGCGGCGCUCGUCCUCGCGUCGACCGCGAUGAUCGGUCUGGGCUACCAGCUGCACGACGCGAGCAAGUCGAUGAACCCCGUGAUCGGCGCGUACCAGGACGAGAAGCGCGAGCUGCUCGCGCGCAUCCCGGACGAGACCAUCCGCCGCUCCCCGCUCCCCGAGCGUUCGCUCCGCGCCCUCAUCAACGAGAAACGCAACCAGCCGGUUCAGCAGACCGCGCCCCGGCCCGACCCCGUCUACGACGAGUUCGUCAACCUCAUCGAGGUCGCGUCGAACCUCGAAGACAUCCAGAUCUCCCUGUUCCGCAUCCAGGGCGGCACGGGCUCGGAGCUCCGGCUCAUGUCCAUCGACCGGCGCCAGCAGAUCACCUUCGAGAACGCUCUCAACGAGAGCGACACCGGCCUCACCUGGACCCGCCGCGGCGGCGCGACCCAGAACACCACGCUCCACCUCAACGGGAACCGCCCCACGACGUUCCUCGUCAUCGGCGGCCUCGCCGUGAUCGCGGGGCUCAUCGUGCUCUUCGUCACCUGGAGCGCCUACAGCAGCACGCGCGGCAUGCUCGAGUUCCAGGAAGCCAAGACGCAGGAGAUCGCGGACCUCGUGGCGGUGUACGAGGCCCUCGAGGCGCGCAACGUCGACCUCUCGGACAUCUACCCGCCGGUCUCCGAUUUCGAGGCCUCCGUCUACGACGCCUUCGACCGCGCCGGCGUCCCCUUCGACACCCCGCCGCGCAUCAACCCUCUCGACCAGCGGGUGAUGUCCGGCAUCAAGGGCAACCUGCUCAAGUCCCAGGUCAAGUGCACCGCCACCUCCGAGGACCUCGAGCACAUCCUCACCUGGAUCAACAACGUCGUGCAGCACCCCAAGCUGAAAGAGCGAGUCUUCGUGGACAACCUGAGCCUGAUCCCGAACCCGGUCGACGAACUGAACGUGACCCACGACCCGAAUCCACACGCCCGACGACCCCGCGCCGCCACGCGCGCGAUCGCCUCGCUCCUCGCCGCCGCCGCGCUCACCGCCCUCCCGGCGUGCGAAGCCAACCGCGCGGCGCGCCCCGACCGCCUCGACGCGAGCUACGCCGACUCCGAGCCCGAACGCCAGCGCGAGGCCGUCGACAUCGCCGGCCGCGCCUUCAAGGAAGACGACCCCGAGAAGGCCAUCAAGCUCUACCGCGAGGCCCUCACCGUCUACCGCGACUUCUACCCCGCCUGGAACAACCUGGGCGCCCUGCUUAUGGAAGACCGGCGCUACCUCGAAGCCGCCGAGGCCUUCACCGCCGCCGCCGGCCUCUCCCCGGACGACGCGCGCCCGGUCUACAACAUCGGCCUGCUCUACGACCGCUCCGGCUACCUCCAGGACGCCCAGACCCACUACCGGCGCGCCCUGAUCCGCGACGAGAACUACCUCCCCGCCCUCCGCGGGCUCAUCCGCGCCGACACCAUCCUCAACGAAGCCGACGAGGACACCCUCGAGAGCAUCCGACGCGCCCUCCGCCUCGAGCAGGACCCCCGCUGGCGUGAGUGGCUCCAGCUCCGCAAAAUCCGCAUCGAGAACCUCCUCGACGAGUUCAACGACGGCUGA